AUGAUGCUGGGUGGUGAAAGUCGUGAGGAAGCCACUAGGCCGAUUACCCUUCUUGCAACUAGGAGGAUUACCAUCGGUACAUGGAAUGUGAGGACCAUGUACGAGUUAAGAAAGACGGAGCAGGUCGCAGCAGAGAUGAGGAGCAACAACCUGACCCUACUAGGCAUUAGCGAGACAAGAUGGACGCAAGCUGGACAGAGACGACUGUUGACAGGAGAGCUGUUGCUGUAUUCCGGACAUGAAGAGAGCGACGCACCCCACACACAGGGAGUAGGCUUCAUGUUGUCCAAGCAGGCACAGAGAGCACUGAUUGGUUGGGAGGCACAUGGUUCCAGGAUUAUCACAGCAUCCUUCAGAACUAAAAUGAAGAGGAUUAAGAUGAAUGUUGUACAGUGCUAUGCUCCAACCAAUGACAGUGAAGAGGGGGACAAAGACUAUUUUUACAACAGACUUCAGAAAAUAUUAGAGAUUCUCCCAGACAAAGACAUUACCAUCCUUAUGGGAGAAUUUAAUGCCAAAAUUGGACCUGACAACACAGGAUAUGAACAAGUCAUGGGGACUCACGCUCUGGGAGAGAUGAGUGAGAAUGGAGAGAGAUUUGUGGAUUUGUGUGCACUUAACAAUCUGGUCAUAGGAGGUAGCAUCUUUCCUCACAAGCAGAUCCACAAGAGUACUUGGGUAUCGCCAGCAGGCACGAUAGAAAACCAGAUCGAUCAUGUCUGUAUUAGCAAGAAGUUCAGAAGAUCUUUGCAGGAUGUUAGCGUUAGAAGAAGAGCAGACGUAGCGUCCGACCAUCACUUAGUGGUGGCCAGAUUGAAGCUGAAGCUGAAGAAGAACUGGAUAGACGCAUCAGAUAGAAGAACGAAGUACAACAUCAGCCUUUUGAAGGAUCAUAAGAUCAAGGAAGAUUUUGGACUGACGCUGAAGAAUAAGUUUUCAGUACUACAGGAUCGGUCUGAGAAAGAGGAAGACAGUGUAUCGAACAGGUGGCAGAAAGUGAGAGAGACACUUAGGUCAGCAUGCCAGGAAGUGCUGGGAAUCAAGAAAUACCAGCAGAAAGAGUGGAUCACAGCAGAGACCUUGACUAAGAUAGAAAGAAGAAAGGCAGUAGUUAAUAACAGCAGGACUAGAGCAGCAAAGGCUAAAGCGCAAGAAGAGUAUGCUGAAGCCCAUAAAGUAGUGAAGAGGAAUAUUAGGAAGGAUAAGAGAGAUUAUGUGGAUGGACUGGCAACAGAAGCAGAACAGGCAGCAUACAAUGGUAAUAUGAAACAGCUGUAUGACAUCACCAAGCGACUGUCUGGAAAGUUCAGCAAGCCAGAACGUCCCAUCAAAGACAAGCAGGAAAAGUCUAUAACAGAAAUAGAACAACAGAUGAAUAGAUGGGCGGAGCACUUUGAGGAACUCCGAAAUAGACCAGCACCACUAAAUCCACCAGACAUUGACCCAGCCAACGAAGACCUUCCAAUCAAUUGUGAUAGACCUACCAGAGAUGAGAUCAGAAAAGCCAUCACUAUGAUGAAGAACAGGAAGGCGGCUGAACCUGACGAUAUUCCAGCAGAGGCCCUGAAAGUAGAUCUGGAUGCUUCAGUGGAAAUGCUGUACCCCCUUUUUGAGAAGAUAUGGGAAGAAGAAGUGAUUCCGGCAGAUUGGAAAGAGGGAUACCUUAUUAAAAUCCCCAAGAAAGGAGACCUCAGCAAUUGUGCCAACUACAGAGGAAUCACACUUCUGUCGGUGCCAGGGAAGGUCUUCAACCGAGUUCUCUUAGAGAGAAUGAAGGAUGCCAUCGAUCCACAGCUACGAGAUGAGCAGGCAGGUUUCCGGCAAAAUAGAUCAUGCACGGACCAGAUAGCAACGCUCCGCAUCAUAGUCGAGCAGUCUAUGGAAUGGAACUCCUCGUUGUACAUCAGCUUUGUUGACUAUGAGAAAGUAUUCGAUAGCGUGGAUCGAGAGACUCUCUGGAAGCUCCUUCGGCACUAUGGCAUCCCAGCAAAGGUGGUUAACUUGAUUAAGAACUUAUAUGACGGCAUACACUGUAGAGUGAUCCAUGGAGGGCAGCUUACAAACAGCUUCCAGGUGCAAACCGGAGUCAGAGAAGGAUGUUCGUCGUCACCAUUUCUCUUUCUCCUUGUCAUUGAUUGGAUUAUGAAGACAUCCACUUAUGAGCGCAGGAAUGGAAUCCAGUGGACGUUGUGGACCCAGCUUGAUGACCUGGACUUUGCCGAUGACCUUGCACUCCUUUCGCAUAGCAAACAGCAGAUGCAAGAGAAGACUAACGUAGUGGCAGCCACGUCAUCACAGGUUGGCCUCAACAUCCACAAGGACAAGACCAAGAUCCUCAAGAUUAACUCCAUCAAUAAUAACCCAGUCACACUGAAUGGAAGGCCUCUGGAAGAAGUGCAGUCCUUCACCUACCUAGGCAGCACCAUCGACCAACAGAGUGGCACGGAUGCAGACAUCAAAGCAAGGAUUGGUAAGGCAAGAGCAGCUUUCUUACAGCUCAAGAACAUCUGGAGCUCCAGAGAGCUGUCUUUGGCAACAACGAUUAGACUGUUCAAUUCCAACGUGAAAUCAGUCUUAUUGUGUGGAGCUGAAACCUGGAGGACAACUAAAACAACCACCAGGAAGAUUCAGACCUUCAUAAAUAGUUGCCUUAGAAGGAUUCUCCAGAUCCGCUGGCCAGACACCAUCAGCAACAUCUACCUCUUGGUGAGGACCCGUCAACUUCCAGCAGAGGAAGAAACUAGAAGGAGAAGGUGGGGCUGGAUAGGACACACACUACGCAAGCAGCCAACCAACAUCACUAGACAGACAUUGCGGUGGAACCCCCAAGGCAAGCGGAAAAGAGGCCGUCCAAGAAACACCUGGCGACGCGACCUUCAGGCUGAUAGCAUAAAAAUGGGCUAUACCUGGACCAAGCUAGAGCAAAUGGCCCAGGAUAGAGGACUCUGGAGAUCUAAGGCUUACCGGGGGCUACCAGACGAUGAAGCCCGUGUUUACGCCAGAGUAAAAGCGGCUAUCCUGGAUGCCUUCGACAUCACCCCGGAGACUUUUCGGCGACGGUUUCGGGGAAAGCUGUACCCCCCGGGGGCCCGGCCCCGAGCCGUGGCACAGGAAUUAAAGGAUGCAGCGUGCCGAUGGCUACAACCCGAGCAUCGAACUGUGGCUGAGGUGACAGAACAGAUCAUCCUCGAACAAUUCGUGCACAUCCUUCCAACUCCAGGGAGGGCGUGGGUGUUGCGGCACCGACCUCAAACUCUAAGUGCAGCAGUCACACUUAUGGAGAACUUUCUAGAGGCCGAGGCCCCAAUAGGACCGACAGCCCGACCCCCAAGCUCUGGACCCGGCGCUCAGAAGCCGGAAAGGGGGUCCACCCCCAAAGUCAAUGUGCCCGCUCGAGCCCGACGACCAAACGGCGGCGGCACUACUUUUCCCCGACGGCCCGAGGCCCCACAACCCACACCGUCUGGACGUUUGGCCCGUCCAUCGGGCCCCGGCCAACCCCGCGGCCACCCGGGUGACCCAGCACGGCCGGGGCGCACAGAGGUAGGACCUUGCUUUCGGUGUGGUGAGUACGGCCACCUGCAACGAGACUGUACGGCGAUGGAAUGCGAUUUUGGCCAGGUGUACACCGGGGAGAGCCGGGCCCGCACACCAUCCGCGGCCAAAUUGACAGCCCCCAUGAGCAUCGCCGGGACACCUGUGGUGGGUCUAAUUGAUUCGGGCUGUGGGCAGACUCUUGUCCGCCAGUCCCUCCUCCCGGACACCGGGCAGAUCAUCGGGGAGGUACGGAUACAGUGCAUACAUGGGGAUGUGAAACCGUACCCCACCGUGCAGGUCCCUCUCACGGUAGACGGGGCGACUCAGGUAAUGAAUGUGGCGGUGGCCCCGUCCCUUGCCUACCCAAUCAUCCUGGGCCGGGACUGGCCAGAAUUCGUCGAGCUGCUCCGGUCCCUAUCUCCGGAAGAGGCAUUCGAGGGAGCCUCCUCUGCGACGGACCCAGGCCCCAGGCGGAGCCCCGACCCCGACGGUGACCCAUCCCUUUCACCCAGGCAGGACGGCCAGGAGACAGGGGGCCCCCCGGUGGACAUUCAGGACUUUAGCCGAGACCAAAGGGAGGACCCUACGCUCCGGUUUGCCUAUGAACAGCUGGCACGGGUAGAGGGGAAGGUCGUGGAGGCCCAGCGGGCGACCCAAUGGCCUAGAUUUGAACUUGAUCGGGAUCGUCUCUACCGCGUGGAGCGGGACCCUCAAACUCAAGAGGUCCGGACCCAACUUGUGGUUCCCCGCAUUCAUCGACGGGCGGUCCUAAAGCUAGCCCAUGACAUCCCAGCCGCAGGCCAUUUAGGACCGGAGAAAACCGCAGCUAGGGUCCUGGCCAAGUUCUUCUGGCCCGGCAUCCACCGCGAAGUGAAGGAUUACUGUGGGUCAUGCCCGGACUGCCAACGCGCCGCCCCGGCCGGGAUCCAGAAGGCCCCCCUAGUUCCAUUACCAACCGUGGGCAUUCCAUUUGAACGAGUAGCGAUGGACCUGGUUGGACCCUUCCCGAAAAGUCAGGCGGGCUACCAAUACAUCCUUGUCUUGAUGGACUACGCCACCCGCUUCCCUGAGGCUGUCCCCUUAAGGAGUAUCACUGCCCGCACUAUUGCGGCAGAGCUCGUGAAGAUCUUCGCCAGGGUAGGCCUCCCUCGAGAGUUACUUACUGACCAAGGGACCAACUUCACAUCUAAGUUGUUCCGUCAGGUAUGUGCCCUGUUGGGGAUUAAGAAGCUGCAGGCCUCCGUUUACCAUCCCCAGACGGAUGGCAACUGGGAGGCACACCUCAACCAAGUGGCGGCUGUCCUCCGGGACCUCCGCGCCGCCGGCCUCACAGCCAAUCCUAAGAAAUGCCGAAUCGGGCGCGAGGAAACCACCUAUCUGGGGUACACCCUGGGGCGGGGACAGGUACGCCCCCUCAUCGGAAAGGUUCAAGCCCUCCAGGAAUGUCAGGCGCCAACCACGAAGAGGCAGGUACGUCAAUUCUUGGGCCUGGCCGGCUAUUACCGGCGGUUCGUACCCCACUUUGCAACCAUUACGGCCCCUCUAACAGAACUCCUGACCAAAGAGAGCCCCCGUAGAGUGUGCUGGUCUGACGACUGCGAGAGGGCCUUUCAAACUGUCAAAGACCGCCUGUCUAGCGAGCCCGUUCUCUUCAGCCCGGACUUCGAUCGGGACUUCAUUGUCCAGACCGAUGCCUCCGAUCAUGCACCCCUGAAGUGGCUCAACAAGAUGAAGGACGCGAAUGCCCGCCUGCAGCGGUGGUAUCUUACACUACAAACCUACGCCUUCACGAUCCGCCAUCGGGCGGGACGGGACAACGCCAACGCGGACUUUUUCUCCCGUCUGGGGGAGGCUGAGGACGCCAGCUCCGAGGUUCGGGAGCUGGAUUUGAGGGAUCAGAACAAGAGAUAA